AUGGAUCGUCGGUCGAAUCGAUCCUCAGGUUCAACACGACAAUCCACACGGUCUUCGGCAUCGAACGUAUUUGGUGAUCAGCACGCGUUGCCCGUGUUCGACAAUGAAUCAGCACAGACAUCUCCAACAAUGGUUUCCAGCCAGAAUGACCAUGAAUUACAACAUCAAGAUGGGGCCGGAACGCGACGGUCCUCAAUAACCUCUCAUUCUUCACCGCAAGAUCCACCGGACAACACAAUUUCCAGAGAUCAAACUUCACAACAUAGCUCCUAUCAAAGGCCGUUUGCUUCGCGAUUUUCAUUUGCACGGAACCGAAAUUCAGCCUCAGAAGCAACAUCUCCCGCAACGAAUCGAAGAUCUACCUACUCGUCAUUCAGAGUUUCAAGAGCAGAGAGCCCGUAUCAGGGUGCUACUGGACCAAGCCAACCAUAUGGCAUGUAUUUACAAAAUACAGGGCUGUCGCGAGCAGCAAGCACAGCGACCACGUCGACCAUGCGUCAGCCAGAACGUUCGUAUACAGGUCCCAGGGGCCCUACGCAGCCCUAUGGUCUGUAUCCGCAGAACACAACUGCUGGAGACGAAGAAAACGCUUCAUCUGUGCAGAAUGAUGUGUCUACGGGCGCUUAUCCUGUCGGAUCUCGACCACCCCCUCAGCCAUACCAGCGGCGCCUUGGGCCGGAGGGUGAAGAUAUUGACGACAUAGUCGGUCCAGAUGGCUAUGCCGAACAACUACCCCCAUACACGCGAUACGCGAACGACAUUCCACCGAAACGGGAUCCCCACGCUACUCGAAGCUUUUAUGGUCCAGCUACUCCCAAUCAGACGUCAAGUGGUGACAGUUCUACCCUGAAUGCAGGGGAGAUCCGUGAUAAUGAGAGAGCUCCUCCUGAGAAUGACCAUAACACAACCAGCCACCCAAUCAUUCAACUACCAACGCAAAAUCCUGCUCAUUCGCCCCUUCGCGAUCCUUUUGGAGACUAUCCUACACCUGUAAGCUCUACAACAACCCAAGUUGAAGCGCUUCAGAAAGAGGAGAAAGAAAGUUUCACCCAGCGUGCACAUCGUAGCUACAAGAAACGCGUUUGUUGGGGCGUGUUACCUUGCUGGCUUCUGAGCCUCGUCGUCACCUUUCUCGUUGCCAUUAUGAUUGGUGGCGUACUUGGCGGUGUACUUGCCCACCGAGAUGGAGUCAAGAAAGGAGUUGAGACUGCUAUGCAGGCGACUGCUUCCCCUUCACAUCUAACAGCUUCCCCAUCGAUAGUGACCACGUCCAUUCUACCCGGAGAAACUCCCGAUGACGCUGCUCCAAUACCAACUCCGACCCAAUUACCUAUAAUCCCCACUGGUACAUGGGCUGUGUCUCUUCAAGAGCCUCUAUCAUCGUCAAACUCGUGUCUCACAAACCCUGCCCAAAACAACGCUUGGGAUUGCUCGAAUGGCGCGGAUCUCGAAAUUGAUAUACAAAUGCCUAGCAGUGGACAAAUGGCACCGCCCAUCAUUAAUUUGACUUACAGCAACCUACCAAAUCAGCAGAUUAGAUACGGAGCACAACCUCCUGAGUUAGUUGGCCUCACGGAUUUAGUCCUGGCAAGAGAUAAGAGCAAAAGUGCUUUCAACCAAGGCCCUGCGUACUCUUUCAAUCAGCAAUUCAACAAAACGGUCAUUGUCAAGGCUGAAGAUUUCCCGGGUCCUGUGCUCCCGAGCAAGCGAGACAGCGUGUGGUCAGUAAGGCGAUGGCUAGAAGGCUGGGAAGAAUAUGCUAGCUUGUCGGAACGCCAACUCCAGCAAUCUGACUGGAAUCAGACCUACUUAGCACGCCCAGGAGACAAACCAUGGUACUGCUUCUGGAACGGAACCGUCUUCAGCGGAUUCAUUUACACUCAGAAUGAGGAUGACUCGUCAGACUCGGAUUCGGAUUCGGAUUCUAGUUCCUCUUCCUCCGCAUCCCCAACGGGUAGCUAUCCCAAAAGACAGGUGCCAAUAUCAAGCUACCCUCAAUACCCCAAGACUAUCAAGAUUAAAGAAAAGCGAAACGCUGUGAACCCUACCGCUCCGUACUGCCAACAGGUUCAAGUUCUAGAUGAUUUCCGGCUUGGCCCAGCACUGAACACCGUCCUGUUGACUGAAUAUGAAGCCACUAUUCCUCUUCACAACGAUGUUGUCGGAGGUGGACCAAGUCCACAUCGAAGUACCUCCCCCAAGUUACCGAACAACUCCACAGCCAAUGGACAGAGACCAGAACAGUCUACCUUUGCUAUAUCAAUCACCCUACUCACGCCUGGGUUGAACGUGCCAUACUCCUCUCCCAAACCAACCCAAGAGAAUCCCUACCCAACCCCUCGGAAAGUCAGCACGCUCCCUGGCAUGAGCCAUGAUAGAGGGCGAUAUGCAUCCUCGAUAGCUCCAUAUUUACCACUUACGACCUCUCCGAACGAGACCAUCGCAGCCUACAUAUACUUCGAUGGGAGACCGAAGGAAGAGGUAGCUACUUUGCUCCGAAGGGGAGAGGAGACAUGGGUCAACUCUCGAUGGGUCAGCGUACCAACCUCAGAGGGUGGAGGAUUAGCAGAAAGAGAGUUCCUUUUCCGAGAAGUUGGUCUAGAGAGAUGGCUGAAUGGGCUUGAUCUCGACGGCAAAGACGCCGCGGCAACAAUUGAAAAGAGAAGGCAAAAGAUGGAAAAGAAACGUCGACGUAGAAAGAUUAAGGUAGAGGAAAGUGACGGCGAGGAGGGAGAGUCAUCCAUUCUGGGUGCAAGGAUCAAAGCCGAGAAGGGUGUCCUCCGCUAUGGUGCAGACUCGCAGUCCCCAUUAGAGCAAAUUUCAGACUCGGAUGACUUGCUCCUGAGUGAGUCUGAGGACUCAGAUGAUGAUCCGGUACCCGAGUCGACUGGACAGAUCAAGGUCGCUCUAUACCGGGUUCUAGCUUCGGGUGACAUUAGACGGGGGGAAUACUCGCCGCAAUUUGAUGCACACGAGGGGGACGAAAUGGAAGGGACAGGCAAUGAUCAGGGCAAAGGAGAGGAAGACAUAGAUCACCAAACUAGCUUUGCAAAGCCAAAAUCCUUGGAUCCCAAGAGUAUCAGCACCCAGACCGUGACUGGUAUUGAUCCUCAGGAUAAGCCUUUUGCUGUCUUUACCUUCUUGUAUAGAGGAGAGAAGCAACUCCACAAGAUGGGUAUGCUCCCCACGGCCUCAAAGCCCACACCCAAGACGCCUGUAUCAAACGGCAAGCGACGAUCUAUACAAGACGAUCUCUCGAAAUUCAAGCCCUUAGACUCUGACAGACUGAAGAAUUUCUCCCAAAUGCGGGACCCAACCGAGACAAAUGGGGAAAGUAACAAGAAAUCAACCAUAAAGCGGGAGCAGGAUUUCGAUAGUGAUGAUGAGCACGACAAUGGGGACGCCAUUGUUGUCAAAGCCGAAAAGGCAGGGGAGAGAGAUGCAGACGCUAUGCUAUCGCCCGAAGAAGCAAAAAGGCACGGAGAAUUGGCAGAUGGAGUGCAAAAUAUCCGUCUCAAACGGCAGCACUCAGCCGACUCGUUCGUCGCUCCGUCGCCUGCACCCGCAAACCGCAAAACCCCAACCGAUUCCACCACGCCCGUGCGAGGCGUGUCUCCCACCAAAGGUAAUAGCACCAGACCCCACAUCAACACAUCAGAGUCAACUCCAUCUUCCCAUAACAACGGCCCACUUCUCCCCAGCGUAGCCUUCAACGACUCGGGCCCCGCUCCCUCCACAACCACAGCCGCCAACUCCGUCGGCUCCCCGCUCAAGAAAGCAAGGUCCUCACUGAGCGGCAUCGAUGACGAGGACAUGCGGAAACGCUUCGGCUUGGGCAUCGGGAUGAGCGGGAUCCCCCAAGCUGAUGUGCUUGGACGCAUGGAACACGAUCGCAUGGCUAAUGCUGGGGAGGGUAGCAAUGCUAGUAGUGGUGUAGGCAAUGUGGGACCCAGUCUCGGCGGGAUUCUAGGCGGUGUGCUCGGAAAGCCAGCGGAGGUCCAGCCAAGCAAGAGGGAACCAGAGGCUACCGUUAAGAAGGAGGCGGUCGAGGAGAUGGAGGAGGAGUUGUAG